GCGAGGGACCAUGUAAAUGAAAACUUCUCGGAGUGUUUACAAAAUAUUUUACAAAUUUCUCCCGUAAAUAGGACUUGUUUUAUCCAAAUUAUGGACAACAAGAAAAUCGGAACAUCUACUCUUUUCAACAAUACCCCAUUUGACCCUAAAGAUGAGCUAGAUGAGAGGUUGAGUAGGUGCUAUGGUAUCGUAAAUGGGAUGAUUACGGGAAAGACUGAACGAGAAACACAUGACAUAUUGAAUGCAUAUAUUGCACGGGGAGCAAAACAGCAUGAAGAAGUUCAGCAUGGACUGUUAUAUGGAGCUCUUUCUGAUCAGAAAGUUGCUCAGAGGUUCUACAGAGACAUGACUCUCGUAUCUAGAGAUGGUUUGAAUAUUGCUAUUGGCAGAAUCAAUCAGCUUAUACAUGAGAAGUGGCUUAAGUUACAAGACACAGGCAAAACCCAGAUUCUCUGGGUGUCCAAAGAAUUUGUGAAAAAUGCAGUGCCAAUGGCAGAAUCUGUCAUCCAUUCAUUAUUGCGUCAAAUCGCUGGAGGUGACGUCUCGCCACGAAAUAUCUAUCUCACAGAGGCAGUAUUGGACAUUUUGACUGAGAACAAAGCUUGGGUUAAUAACAACCCAACAUUAUUGUCAACUGCAAUUUAUACAUAUUUACGAGUGAUUGUGGACCAUAAUAAUCCGACAUUUCACAUUUUACGACAACGGGAAGUAGACUUCUGUAUAGCAGCAUUGACAGAAAAGUGGCAAGAUUGUUGUCUGAUUGGUCGAGAUUUAGUCCGUCUGCUUCAGUAUGUUGCUAGGAUACCAGAAUUUGAGAAAUUAUGGCAAGAUAUUUUAUAUAAUCCUUCAACACUGAGUCCCACUUUUACAGGCAUACACCAGCUGAUGUUAGUCCGUACAUCUAGGAAAUAUCUUGUAUCAAGGUUGACCCCAGAUAUGGAAAAUAAACUAGCUUUUCUAACUACAAAAGUGAAAUUUGGCCAACAGAAAAGAUAUCAAGAAUGGUUUCAAAGACAGUACCUUUCAACGCCAGAGAGUCAGUCGCUGAGAUGCGAUCUCAUACGCUAUAUUUGUGGCGUCAUUCACCCGUCCAAUGAUCUUCUCUGUUCCGAUGUCAUACCACGCUGGGCUGUGAUUGGUUGGCUUCUCACCACAUGUACAUCCAAUGUCGCUGCAUCAAAUGCCAAAUUAUCUUUGUUCUAUGACUGGCUUUUCUUUGAAGAGGGCAAAGAUAGCAUUAUGAAUAUAGAGCCUGGUAUCUUAGUUAUGUAUCACUCUAUGAGACCCCAUCCUGCCAUCACUGCCACCCUUCUAGACUUCUUGUGUAGGAUCAUGACUAACUUCUAUCCAGUGCUAACUGACAAAGUCAGAGCCGGGAUCUACACUUCACUAAAAACUAUUAUUAAUAAAAAGGUUUUACAGUCAUUAUCGCCAUUAUUUGACAAUGCCAAACUAGACAAAGAAUUACGCCUUAUGGUGCGGGAAAACUUUGCACCAUUCUGCUCACAUGAUGUGUCAAGUCCCAAAGAAGAGAUUCAAGAAAUAAUUACUUCGAGAGACCUGUCAUCUCCAACUCCGAAGCCAGAGUCUAUCCCCAUGGAAACAGAGUCUCCUUCUAUUACACCUUCCAAUCAUAUAUCAGAGUUUCCCACUGGCACCCCGAACAACACCUCAGAGGCCGAGUUCUCUGAGGAUGAGGAUAUCCCAAUAGGAAAAUUAAAAGAAAACAAAUUUCGGCCGAUCAAAUUACCUCCGCCACGAUGUCAGAAUAUUGAUAUUAGUGAGCUAGUUGACCUUUUAGAGGGUGAUCUCAAACCAUUGGUUGUGCAGUUCCAAAAUGAAAUGGACAAUGAUAAUCAGUGUGAAAUAAUGGACAACAUUGUACAAACAGUCAUACAAGAUGAUGAUUUUGAAUCGCAAGACACAUCAUCAACAUUAGGAACUUGUCUUUGCCAACUUCUCUCUGGAACGUUUAACAACAACGUCUUUCCAAAACAUGUGGACGAUGACUCAAUUGAAGAUUCAGUGGGGACGCCUCUCUUUGUUUUAUUUAGGAAUUUAUGCCAAACCCCUGAAGACACUCCUGCUAGAGAUCCCCUCCUUAUACUCCUUGGGGAGAUGGCUAAUAAACAACCUCGGAUAGGGUAUCUCCUUCUAUAUUUCCUUAAAGUCAGCAAAAUGGUAGAUGAAAAAAUGUCAUCGUACAAAGAUUUUUGUAAAGGUUUAGACCGAGAUUUAGAAACGUCACUCCUUUCAGAUCUAACACUUUGUCAGGAAGAUGAUGUUGCCAUGUUCACAUAUAUACUGCCAGAUAUAUACACCCAGUUCAGUAAUAUAGCUGUAGGAAACAUACGGCUGUUGCAUCUCAUCACUUCUGCAAUAGAUGGCAGGCAGCUCCAGGAUCUAGUCUGUGAGAUUCUUAUGGGACAUCUGGUCAUCAUCAAGAAAGAUUCAAUUCUUUCAGUCCUCAAUGCAAGUCUGGAGUGGGAAUCCAUCGAGCAGUAUUUCCUGUGGCAGCUUAUCUUUGCCCAUAAUAUGCAAAUAGAACACAUCAUACCCAUAUUGCCAAAAUUGGAGUUCUCAGGCCAUGCUGAAGCAUUAACCAGUCUCAUGGUGCAAAUGAAAGAAGAAGCGCCAACGUUAGAGCUGCUACGGCCUCUUUUUUGUCGAGCUUGCAAAAAGGGUGACAGAUUUACUAUUUCUGUUCUCAAGUACUGGGCACAAGAAAAUGGUGAUAGACUUGCCGAUCAAAUACUCAACCUUAUAUCCAAAUGUACAAAUUCAACACCUAAUAGGAAACGACAUAAACAAAGCAGUAAAAAAGAUGGCCCAAGCACCGAACAAAUCCUUAAUCACCUAGAACACAUGAGACAAGUUUGCCAAAAUAUAUCAUUUUUAAACCAUGAGUCUAUGCAACAGGCAUUAUUUCAAGCAUUAACAGCAUGUAGUGAUGCCCAGAAAGCAAGAUUUGGUGACCUUUUUGCACUGGCAGAAGACUUUGAAGAGGUUCGAUCAACGCGAGUUUUGCGCCAAGUUCCUAGUCGGCGUGCAUCAGAAGCAGCAAAGGCUCAUGGGAAUCUCAGUCCUAAGGGUCGAAGUAAAAAGAUCCUUGAAUCAGAAACAGAAUCUGAAAGUUCAGAGGAUGAAGAAAUUGGCAAACCUCGACCCAAGAAAAGGAAGAAAGCAACAGUUGAUGAUGAUAGCGAUUAAGAAAUUGGAAAAAUGUUUUAAAUGUGAAACAGAAUAGAGAUGAAUGGGAAAGAAACAAAAGAACACCAUUCAACAUCUUUAAAUUAAUACAAAUUUUUGAGAGCAAUUAAGUGAAAUAAACAUGAGCAGACGAAUUAUUGAAUGAAAUAAGUAAGAUCUUCAUCAAAUCAAAUGUAAUAUCUCUAUAAAAAUGCACAAAAUCUUCAAAUGGUAAAAUUAUUCAAGAUAAAUUGCAGAACUGUAAAUCCAAUAUGGCUCCCCUGGAGACAAUCUAUUCAGAUUUAUACUCAACAGAGGCUUUGUUGUAUAGCUUUGAAAUCUCGUUGAAGU